CUCCGUAUCCGACAUCACACCAUCACAUACCAUUACCUCUCAUGCUGGCCACAAUCACUACCAUUCGUAGAGUGGCGCCUGUGAACACCAUAGCAAGUGCCGCGGCUUGUGUGCGACAGCUCGCCACCCAGAGCUCUGCGGUCGGACAGAGCACUGAGCAGGACUAUAUUACACAGACGCGACAACUGCUUCAGGAUGCCCGCCCUGCUCUUCCUCGGUUUAGUCUUCAGGGCGAGAAUAUUCGGCCGAUCCUUGGCCCUUCACAGUUUUACAGCGAAAUGAAGGAUCAUAUCCGCAAUGCGCAGAGGUCGAUUACAUUAGCAGCCCUCUACCUCGGACAUUCCGAGAGCGAUCUUAUCACAGCUUUAUCAGAUGCCUUACGAAGCCGACCUAAUUUGAAGUUGAAUCUAUUGUUGGACUCAUUACGUGGCACACGGGACUCAGGAAAGGGCAGCUCUGCAUCACUUCUAUAUCCUCUUCUCAAGGCGUACCCGAAUCAAGUCUGUAUUUCGAUGUACCAUACUCCGGACCUCAGCGGAUUAUUGAAACGAGUCAUGCCGCCGAGAUUUAACGAGGGUAUUGGAUUGAUGCAUAUGAAGGUCUAUGCAUUUGACGACACGCUGAUCAUGAGUGGGGCGAACAUGAGCCAUGAUUACUUUACGAACCGCCAGGAUCGAUACAUUACGUUCUGCAACAGGGAUAUCACUGAAUACUACUGCGAUCUAGUUUCCACAGUAUCGUCAUUCUCAUAUACUAUGCAGGAGAAGGACAACCACUUUACCCUGGGCAUUGCGAAUGGAGUUCCCGACCCAGUGCAGGAGAGCAGGCAGUUCAAGCGGCAUGCAACAAACACAAUGCGUACAUUCUUGAAAAAAUGGACAAAAGUUCAGCAGUCGCCCGACGAUCCAUCCUACGACACGACCUUAUACCCGCUUGUUCAGAUGGGGCCAUUUGGUUUGCGACAAGACGAGCGGGUGACCCUUUUGAUGCUGGAGCGCAUUCUUCACGCGAACAAGCAAGAGGAACCGACCAAACUGUUUAUCACUUCUGGAUACUUCAACUUUGAGAAGAAAUACAGCCAGACGAUCGUGCAAUCUAAAGCAGCAGACGUGUGUCUAAUUGCAGCUUCACCAGAGGCAAAUGGAUUCUAUAAUUCCGCAGGUAUCUCGAAAUACAUUCCGCCGGCCUAUACACUUAUCGAGCAGCGAUUCCUUAAAGAUGCGAAGCGUGCAGGAAAUGCUGAGCGGAUAAAAAUCGAAGAAUAUCAUCGUAAAGGAUGGACAUACCAUGCAAAAGGUCUUUGGGUCUAUCCACCACACUCGGAUCUGCCCGUCAUGACAACCAUCGGGUCGCCCAACUUUGGAUAUCGGUCGAUCGUUCGUGAUCUGGAGGCGCAGCUUUUCCUUGUGACAUCAAACCAGGGCUUACGGAAGAGUCUUCACGAGGAACUGAGCAGUCUGCGCCAGCAUGCACACCCUGUGACGGAGGCUACAUUUAAGGCUCCGGAUCGGCAGGUGCCUGUGUGGGUUGGAGGUGCUAGUAGAGCUAUUAGGACCAUGCUCUGAAAUAAAAUUGUUGCGGUAGCCCAGAGCCUCGAAUCAUUUCACAAGAGCCGAAGGAGUGGACCGCAGGGACCGCUUCUGCAUCCACAUCCGCAUCCAAUAACAUGGUCUGAGACUGGAGACAUCUCGACAUCGGAGGUUUGUUCUUGCGGAGCCUUUGACAUACUUUGUUGCGUCCGCUUCUGGCA